UAGAGAGAUGGAUUCAGGUUUGUCAUGGGCUGAUCAAUGGGAUUACAACAAUCCAGAUCCUCCACCAAAGGCAUCAGCUGAUGAAAAGAAGAAAGGGAAAGAUGGAAGCAAGAACAAGUUGGGAAUAUCCAUAUUAACCUUCAAAUGGAUGAAAGAACUCCGCAAGAAGUCUCACAAAUGAUUCAGUACAUAUAUAUAUAUAUAUAUAUAUAUGUAUACACCCUUUAAUGAAAUAUUUCAUUAUUUUUGUUUUUCGGAAAAAAAAAAAGUGUUAUAAUGCGUAACUAGAAACGAUCCCUUUAUGAAUCUAUGUUCCCAAG